AUAGAAAAGAAAGAAGUUGAAACACGCGCGCGCUGAGAGAGAAUGGGGGUCGAAGAAAUAUCAACUGCGGCAGAUGACCAAACAAACCCUGAGAACCCACCGAACCCUAACCCUAGGGCUCCGCCCGGCGCCGAUGAUGAAGAGACCGAGGAAGGCGAGAUCGUCGGCGACGAGGACUCUUCGAUCAAUAAAUCUGCUGAAAUUCCCCUCCAGCCGCACCCGCUUGAGAACUCUUGGACUUUCUGGUUCGAUAAUCCCUCUGCAAAGUCGAAGCAGGCCACCUGGGGUAGCUCUAUGCGCUCAAUCUACACCUUUGCGACUGUUGAGGAGUUUUGGAGUGUAUUCAACCACAUACAUCAACCAAGCCAGCUGGCUGCGGGAGCUGAUUUCCAUUGCUUCAAAUAUAAGAUUGAGCCUAAAUGGGAGGACCCUGUUUGUGCAAAUGGCGGGAAGUGGACUGUAACAUUUCCUAAAGGGAAGUCUGAUACGUGCUGGUUGUAUACAUUGUUGGCUAUGAUUGGGGAGCAAUUUGAUCAUGGAGAUGAAAUUUGUGGAGCAGUUGUCAAUGUUAGAGCUAGGCAAGAUAAAAUAUCAAUCUGGACAAAGAAUGCUUCAAAUGAAGCUGCCCAGGUGAGCAUUGGAAAGCAGUGGAAGAAGUUUAUUGAUUGCAAUGACAGUAUUGGGUUCAUAUUUCACGAGGAUGCAAAAAAGCUUGACAGGGCUGCUAAGAACAAGUACACCGUAUAGUCUGUCUCUAACAUAUGACACAAGUAGAUGAAGGUUUUUCUAUCAACAUAAUGGCAGCUCAGAUCACAUUCUAGAUAAUUUUGGACUUCUUCAUGGAUGCAGUCGCCUUGCUUUGUGUUUUGGCAAAUCUUCUGUAAGGAUGUUUUAAUCGCAAAACUAGUUGCAUCAAUCGGUGAACCUUAUUGCAUCCCUUGGAUGUGACUGCUUGUUACUUCUUUUGGUAAGAACCGUAACUGAGAAUCCAUCCUAGUUAGAAAAGUUUAUGAAUAGCCAAAUUGUUUUGGGGAGAGAAAA